AUGGGGGCAUCAACAUCUACAACUAUCAUUGAAAUUAUUUGCAUUGACAAAUCAAUUCUUGUCCUAAGAGAUGGGGGAGCAAACAUGGUAAAAGGAAUGAGGCUGGCUGAACUUCCUGAUUUAAGCUGCACUGCUCACACCCUUCAGCUUAUUAUUAAUGAGGGCCUAUCUAGUCAGAGAGCUGUUCUGGACAUUAUUGCCAUAUUGAAAAGCUGUGCAACUCACUUUGGCCAUUCUGUACUGGCCAAACAGAGGCUAAGAACCAUUCAGGAGGAGCUGGGUGUCCAAAAGCACAACAUCAUCCAGGCCAUCCCAACUCACUGGAACUCAACACUUCACAUGCUUCAAAGAAUGUAUGAACAGAGACGGGCACUGAAUGUGUACGCUGGUGAACACGGCCAUAUCAGCUGCUUAUCUGCCACACAGUGGGACAUUGUCUGCAACCUGACUGACACACUGGUUCCCAUCGAAGAUGUCACAAUGGAGAUGAGCAACUCUGGGUCUUCAGCUGCGUGCAUUAUCCCCAGAGUGUCUGUUCUGAAGCUGAUGCUGCAGGAAGAGGGUCCGUCCUCAGGAGGGAUCAAAACUUUAUGCAAGACCAUGCUUGACAGUCUGACAAAGCGGUUCUCCAAGACAGAGGAGACAAAAAUUAUUGGCCUAGCAACAUUCCUUGAUCCCAGAUACAAAGCCUGUGCAUGCCUUUGUGUCUGA